CCCAUGUGUCAAAUUAGUGUUUUAUCGCUAUCAUUUUUUGUUGUGUAAAAGUAUAAAUACUUUAUUUUUAUAAAGUUUAGUCCCCAGAAGAGAAGCCCAACAACAUAAUAUGUUUACUUCAAGCAAACACAUAUUCGCCGCAGUGUUGUAGUUUGUAGCCUAUAUCUUUAAAAGGUUGACGAGGAGAUGACGUCAGCAGAGCAAGCCCUCAAGGGGGCGCCAGGUACGAUCCCAAACUACGGCGCUGUAGAACAUGACCCUCUUCUGCCGGUGAUGGGGGAGCACUGUCGCGUAUACAGAGGGCGGUGGCUUGUGCUGACUUUAUUUGCUCUAUGUUCCUGCGCCAAUGCAGCCCACUGGAUCCAGUAUUCCAUCAUAGCUAAUGUGUGUAUGUACUAUUAUGAUGUCAGCGCCAUCUAUAUCAACUGGACGUCCAUGAUAUUCAUGGCUGUCUACGUACCAUUGGUCUUCCCUGCUUCGUGGAUUUUGGAGAGAAAGGGUUUGAGAGUUGCAGUGAUCCUAGGAGCCCUUCUGAUGUGUGUUGGUGCUUGGAUAAAAGUGUUUUCUGCUCAACCUGACAGAUUCGCCUUGACGUUCCUGGGCCAGACGGUUGUAGGUGUGGCUCAAGUGUUCAUACUGGGAGUGCCAUCUAGACUGGCGGCUGUGUGGUUCCCGGCACACCAAGUAUCUACAGCCUGCUCCAUUGGCGUGUUUGGGAACCAGCUGGGGAUUGCCAUUGGGUUUAUGGUGCCGUCUGCAGUAGUGGACGAAGUAAGAGACAAGUUCUUGAUCAGAGAACAACUUCAACUGCUGUACUUUGGCAUGGCUCUGGCACCGACCAUUAUACUAAUCCUGAUCGUCUUAUUGUUUGAAGCCCAACCACCAAUUCCUCCCAGUGUUGCUCAGCUGAUUUCUCGCAAGAAGGAGAGAGAAUGCAAAGACACAAACUAUCUCACCUCUGUCAAGCAAAUGAUUGGCAACUCAGACUUUUCCCUGCUUCUGGUCAGUUUUGGAUUCAAUAUCGGAGUCUUCUACGCUUACUCCACCCUGCUUAACCAACAGCUGGAAGGACUAACUUGGGGAAUCGAGAACACAGGCAGAGUCGGUCUCACACUUAUUCUCGGAGGAAUGGUCGGCUCAGUUGUCUGGGGCAUGGUGCUGGACAAGACUCACAUGUACAAAGAGACUACAGUUGGUAUAUACGUCAUGGCUGUGAUUGGAAUGUUGGGAUACACGCUUGCUCUGCAAUCUGAACGCUUAGUUCUAGUCUACUUCACAUCAGCGUUCCUUGGGUUCUUCAUGAACGGCUACCUAACGGUGGGCUAUGAGUACGGAGCAGAGUUGACGUUCCCUUCUACAGAGACAACGUCGUCAGGUCUACUAAACGCAGUAGGGGAGCUGUGUGGAGUAGCAGCUGUACUGGGGGCAGGGGUCGUGCUGGAGACUUACGGCCCCACUGCUACCAACCUCGCACUUACAGCUGUGCUGGCAGGGGGGUUGGCCACCCUGGCUCCUAUAUCUAGAGACAGGUUGAAAAGAUUGGCAGCAAGUAGAGUUCACCCCGAGGACAGCACAAUGAAUGAUCUUCAAAUCUAACUAAAAUGUUCCUAGGGUUAAUCUUGAUAACAUAAUUUGUUAAGUUUUGUAGAAUUUAUAAUCGUUACAUAGCAUUUAUUAUUUUUAUGUGCUACGUUUCUAUAAGAACAGACUUUUUGGAUAAGUUUACAUAUAAUUAAAGACAGAAAGUGAUAUGAUAGUUUUGAUUUAUUUAUAGGGUAGUUAUGGACAAUAUUAGAGUUAAUUACAUUUUAUUUAUAUACUUUAUUCACUAAAGAAUUUGCAAACUAAUUUUACCUCUUCUUUGCCACAAGUUUAAUUAAGAUCUUUAGAGCCAAUCACGUAUACACGUGUGUAAGUAAUUUUGUGUUGUCCAAAUAUAUAAAUGUUAUAGGUAAUAUUUGCAGUAUUUUAUAAAUUAGCUAUAGAACCAAUAUUGUAAUAGGCUAAGUUAUGAAACUAUUAAUUGUGAUAUUUCAGUAAGGACUUUAA